AUGGCGUUCGUUACUAUUUCGAACUUCACAAAAGGGCAAAGAGGGCGUCUUUUUACCGCAAUAGGUGUUGGGGUGGGCGCCAUCGCAGUUGGCCUUACUUACAAAGCCGUAUUGGCCCGGCGCCAAAAUUCCACUUGCGAUGGCCGCGGUUUUCCCGCAAUGGCCGACUAUCCCGACCUCCGAAACCACAACAACUUAAUGGCCAAACAUCUAACGCCGCGAUUGUACAGCAAACUUCGCGACAAAGCCACGGCUAGUGGGUUCACCUUGGACGCGGCGAUCCAAACUGGGGUGGAUAACCCAGGACAUCCGUUCAUUCUCACCGUGGGCGCCGUGGCUGGGGAUGAAGAAUCCUAUGAGACCUUCGCAGAACUUUUCGAUCCCAUCAUUGAAGAGCGCCACAAUGGCUUCNAUGGCCAAACAUCUAACGCCGCGAUUGUACAGCAAACUUCGCGACAAAGCCACGGCUAGUGGGUUCACCUUGGACGCGGCGAUCCAAACUGGGGUGGAUAACCCAGGACAUCCGUUCAUUCUCACCGUGGGCGCCGUGGCUGGGGAUGAAGAAUCCUAUGAGACCUUCGCAGAACUUUUCGAUCCCAUCAUUGAAGAGCGCCACAAUGGCUUCAAAAAGACUGACGUACACAAGACAGAUCUGGACUCGUCCAAAAUCCGUGGCGGGAAAUUUGACGAGCGUUACGUGCUAUCAUCCCGCGUGCGCACGGGACGGUCUGUUCGCGGGUUCAGUCUCCCACCUCACUGCAGCCGUGCAGAGCGGAGGGAAGUGGAAAAUGUUGUGUGCGAAGCCUUGGAUGGCCUUAAAGGUUAGUAUUUUUUUGCAAAGAAAGAGAUUAUAGUAAAGGGCUAAAGGUUUUGCGGGAUACGGGACGAGACACAAAAUCAGACAGAAAACGGGGUAGAUGAAGGUAAGAGAAUCGGAAGUUUCAGAUGAAAUUAAAUUACAGGGACUCAUUUCCCGAAGGUAACUCAGCGUCAUUUUAGGAUUCAAUGUUUUUGUUUCAUUUUUGCUUGUUUGGAAAGGCAAGUAAGAAAAUUGGGUCGUUAAAACAAGUAGUCCGCGUUUUUUUUUUUGGCGAGAAGGGCAUGGGAGGGGAAGAUAAGAGAAUGGUGAAUGUAGGGUGAAUUUAAAUUUCAUUCUAUUUUUAAGUAUUGUUAUUGUACUGAUUUUUAAUAAUGACAUAUUAAACAACAUCUAAGAGGAGAAACUUAUCUUACAUAAAUAAGUGAGAGAGAUAAAAAAAUUCUAGCCGUCUGUCGGGGUUAUUCAGUUUCAACGUGAGACAGUAAUUAGUUCAGUAACCAGUAGAAAAAGCGCCAGACGGGGUAUUCAAAAUUGUACACUUUUACAAGUAGCUCCUCUGGAUAAGUGUGAAUAGACGAAGCUAGUUCUCACAAAUGUUGUGGCUACGAGCCCGCAGGCGAACUGCACACUUAUCUCUGAGUUGCCGGUCAUUUUCUUCCUUUAACAGGCCAUUUCCGAGUUGCUCCAAGCCUGUUUUAAACCGAGGCAAAGAGCAAAGCCAUUGAUAUAAAUAAUUUUUUUAAUUCUGAUGCAAAUGAAAUUCAUUUUCACAAGAAAGGUUUUGCACUUAGCCUCGGUUUGAAAGUAAGAGUUUUUGGACCUCGGAAAUGGCCUAGUUAGGCGUUCAAUCUAACCUGAUUUAUGUUUGUCAAGUUGAUAUUGAGCAAGCGUGUGUCCAGCGGUAUUAUCUUAACUUGCAUGCGUCUUCUCAUGUGCUUCUUCGCCGUGAACACUGGACUGUUUCUACCGUGGAUCAAAUGUCUCUCACCGGCGCCCAUUGUUUUCACUAAAUCAUUUUGACAUUCAAAGCUACUGUUACUGUUUCUGUUAUUGUCAGUUUCUGUAUGAGCGCGCAUAUUUUUGCCUUCUUAUUCUAAUUGAAUGAAAUCGUAUGUCAAUCGUAUUACUCUUAUUGGGUCAUUCUAAUUGUGCUGAGAUUCGCACAUUGUGGCGCGCCUGCCCCGUACCCAGGCGCCUCUUGGAAUUUUCUGCGGUAGUCGCGACGCAAGGGGUUAUGGGAAGGACGUGAAGCCUUCCCUUUCGAAAAUCUCAAGAACCGCCUAGGCACGAGGCAGGUGGCGCGCGCAAACAGUUUCAAAUUAGUUUCAUAUGACUGUAAAUUGGCCAAUGAAGGAUCACAUCGCAAAUAACUCAUGGCUGUAGCCCUUUAUCCCUGAACUGUUCAGUUUAUACUUCCCAGAAUUGAAUCUGCAAGCAGUAUUAUAGUUACAAUCUGUAAUCAACAGUUUAAUAAUAUUUUCAGGAAACUUAACUGGUCAGUAUUAUCCGCUGAACGGUAUGACCGCGGCCGAACAACAGCAGUUGAUUGACGACCACUUCCUGUUUGACAAACCGGUCUCUCCGCUUCUCACGUGCGCGGGCAUGGCACGUGAUUGGCCCGACGCGCGUGGAAUCUUUCACAACAAUGACAAGAACUUCCUUGUUUGGAUAAACGAGGAAGAUCACACGCGCGUCAUCUCGAUGGAGAAGGGAGGAGACAUGCGCUCGGUGUUUGAUCGCUUUUGUCGUGGACUCAAUGAGGUUGAACGACUCAUCAAGCGCCAGGGACAUGAAUUUAUGUGGAACCAACAUCUGGGAUACAUCUUGACCUGCCCAUCCAACCUUGGAACAGGUCUUAGAGCUGGAGUGCACGUGAAACUGCCUCACUUGGCCAAGGUAAAUACGUGGACUAAGAUCAUCCUAGCCUGCACAAAUGGCCCUACUUUUUUGCGCCUUUCCCCGUCGUUCGUAUCUCGCGCGCCUCGCUCGCUUCGCCCUUGCCUUCGCUUGCCUGAAAAACGCGAAAAAGUAUGGGAUUAUGAUCGUUUCACACGCGUGAACAAACAAAGCUGGCAGUAAGCGCAUGGUCACGCAAUUUCAUAGCAAAAACCCGCGCAAGAGGACCAAAGGCUUUUGUUUUACCAAACAAUAACGACUCUAAACAUAUCAAUAUUGCAGGAUUCAAGGUUUGGUGACAUAUUGGACAAACUUCGACUGCAGAAACGUGGAACUGGUAAGCAUUCAUAUCGUUCUUCAACAGAGCUUUAUAGUUUGUCAAUAUUACUUUUACUUUUGACAAACUGUGAGUCAAGUCGCUGUAAAUCCACAGGUUUUUUUUCAUUUAACUUAUUUGGCCCUGAUUCUUUGUUUUACCUAAUUUUUCUCCCUUCAUUCUAUUGUUUCAUUCGUUAGUUACUUUUUCAUUCAUUCGUUCGUUCAUUCAUUUAUUCAUUCAUUCAUUCAUUCAUUCUUUCUUUCUUUCUUUCUUUCUUUCUUUCUUUCUUUCUUUCUUUCUUUCUUUCUUUCUUUCUUUCUUUCUCUCUUUCUCUCUUUCUUUGUUUGUUUGUUUGUUUCUUUCUUUCCCGCUCUCUGUCUUUCACACUUUGAUCCCCCAUCCAUUUCGCCCUUUCUUAAUCGAAUCUCUUAAAGCUAAACCUGUCCUCGAGGUUAUCUGUGUCAGAGACUAUUAACUUUGUAUUUUCUUUUUUAUUUUAGGUGGCGUUGAUACAGCGGCCGUGGGAAGUGUGUUUGACAUUUCCAACUCAGAUCGCCUCGGAUUUUCUGAGGUAGAGUUGGUACAGAGNUUUCUUUCUUUCCCGCUCUCUGUCUUUCACACUUUGAUCCCCCAUCCAUUUCGCCCUUUCUUAAUCGAAUCUCUUAAAGCUAAACCUGUCCUCGAGGUUAUCUGUGUCAGAGACUAUUAACUUUGUAUUUUCUUUUUUAUUUUAGGUGGCGUUGAUACAGCGGCCGUGGGAAGUGUGUUUGACAUUUCCAACUCAGAUCGCCUCGGAUUUUCUGAGGUAGAGUUGGUACAGAGUGUGAUUGACGGCGUCAAUCUUCUGAUCAACAUAGAAAAGAGGCUGGAGAAAAACAAGUCCAUUGAGGACCUCAUUCCCAAAUAA